UUAUCUUCUUCCUCUGCCGCAAUUCGCUAGGGUUUUCUCAGGUCACUCUCAAGCUACCUCACCAUUGCUCUCCCUCUCUGUCUAUCCCUCUCUUCCGACAAGAGCGCCGGCUUCGAUCCGCCCGGAGCUUCGCAUGGCUCGCAGCAGCACGCUCUAGGGGGUUUCGUGGUUGCUCUCGAUUGCGCUGGUGUCGGAGGUCGUCGUCGUCGUCUUCUUCUUGUCUCGAGAGACAGAGGUGAGAGCUCUCUGAGUGAGAGAGAUGGCAACCACGAACCCUUUCGAUAUCCUCGGGGACGACGACAAUGAGGACCCCACCCAGCUCGUCGCUGCGGCCAAGCCGGUCGAGAAGCCGAAGAAGGCUCCGGCGCAGGCCGCCCCGCCGCCGAAGCCCGCCGCCGCGCUGCCUUCCAAGCCGCUCGCCCCCCCUGCUCAAGCUGUGAGGGAAGCAAGGAGUGAUACUGGGCGUGGCCGUGGCCGUGGAGGCGGUCGUGGUUAUGGCCGUGGCCGUGGAGGCGGUCGAGGAUAUGACCAAGAGUCAGGGAGCAGCGAGGCUGCAGCUGGCAGCAAUGAUGGUUUUUCUGGGGGUUAUAAAGCCUCAGAGGAAGGAGAUUCUUACAAACCAUCUGAAAGGCGUGGUGGCCCUCGGGGUCCUUUCCGUGGAGGAGGUCGCCGUGGCGGUUUUAACAAUGGAGAGGCUGGUGAAGGGGAGCGUCCAAGAAGAGUAUUUGAACGCCGCAGUGGCACUGGACGAGGAAACGAGUUUAAACGAGAUGGAGCUGGUCGUGGAAACUGGGGAACUCCUACUGAUGAAAUUGCUCCGGAGACUGAAGAACCAGUCAUUGAAGUUGAGAAAAAUGUGGGAUCUGAGAAGCCAUUGGUUGAUGAGGAGGGUGCAGAUGCUAGCAAGGAUAAUCCUGUGAAUGAACCAGAGGAAAAAGAGCCUGAAGAUAAGGAGAUGACAUUAGAAGAGUAUGAAAAGGUCCUUGAAGAGAAGAGGAAGGGAUUGCUUGCAUUGAAGGCUGAGGAAAGGAAAGUGGAGGUGGACAAAGAGUUGAAGUCCAUGCAACAACUCUCUAGCAAGAAGGAGAACAUUGACAUCUUUAUCAAGCUGGGAUCCGAGAAGGACAAACGCAAAGAGGCUGCCGAGAAAGAAGAGAAAGCCAAGAAGUCUGUCAGCAUAAAUGAGUUUCUGAAGCCUGCUGAAGGGGAGAGACACUAUAACCCUGGUGGUCGUGGUCGAGGCCGCGGACGUGGUUCCAGAGGUGGUUUCGGUGGUGGCUAUGCUAGAGAUGUAGCUGCCCCUUCAAUUGAGGAUCCUGGCCAGUUCCCCUCCCUCGGUGGGAAAUAAGGUUUUACCACUGCAUACUUCAAGCUGAGUGUUGCUUCAUGCUCGAAGUUGUUGUGACCUUCCAGGACAAUCGGGUAUUAACGGGAAUGACAUUUUUCCUGUAAUAGAAACCUUUGAUGUUAUUUGUCCUUUUUGAGUGUAAAUUUUAGUUUCCCCAUGGAUUUACUCCGCUUUUCAUUUGACUCACGUCAGUUUUGUUUGUGUUAGAAGAGAAUGCAAUUAAGUCUUUCUAAA